AUGGCUGCUUUAACACACUCCUUCUUGUAUUUGAUUGUGGCGCUGUCAUGUUCAAGCAUCAGUCCGAUCACAGCGGCUCGCCAUCUACUGGAUACAGCAGCUCCACCACCUGUGGUGCCUGUGCCCACAAUCCCAACCUUGCCUAAGGUCACAGUGCCUCCAUUGCCGGCAAUGCCGUCUUUGCCUCAGGCAACAUUGCCCCCAGUGCGUUCUCUGCCGACUAUUCCCAACUUGCCAAUACCCACCACAAUACCACCCCUGCCAAGUACCCAGAUCCCUUCUAUUCCUAAGACCACAUUGCCACCCAUGCCCACACUGCCCACCAUACCCACAAUUCCAAAGAUACUGGAACCUGUUUUUGCUGGUUUCUUGGCAUCUUUGGUGAUUCAUAUUUGUUUCAAUUUCCUUUUAGUUUGGCUUGUAUUAGCUUCGAUAUUGUUGGGAUUUGAGCUUCAAUCUCAUAUUUUCCAUUAA